AUGAGCUUUCCGGGCCGGCGUGGGGACUGUGCUGAGGAGCCCUGGCCGUCGUCGGGGAAGGCAGCGGGGGAGGGGCUCCCAGAGCCAGGGGGCCAUUCCCCACCCCACGCCCCUGUGAGCCCCUCGCUCGGGGUUCAGGACCCAGGGCCCCGCCCGACCCCAGCUACCCUCUUAGGGACCGGAGAGCCGAGGCUGACCCCGCUCCCUGCCCCGCACCGCACCGCCGACAGGAUGGGGGCCAGCACGGGGCCCGGGCUGCGGCCGGCACUGUUCUUCCUGCUGCUGCUAGGGACACCCAGGUUGGGGGUGCAGGGGGAGGACGGGCUGGAAUUCCCUCAGUAUGACGGUGUGGACCGUGUGGUCAACGUCAACGCCAAGAACUACAAGAAUGUGUUCAAGAAGUAUGAGGUGCUGGCGCUGCUCUACCACGAGCCCCCCGAGGAUGACAAGGCCUCACAAAGACAGUUUGAGAUGGAAGAGCUGAUCCUGGAGUUAGCGGCCCAAGUCCUCGAAGACAAGGGUGUUGGCUUCGGGCUGGUGGACUCUGAGAAGGACGCAGCUGUAGCCAAGAAACUAGGCCUCACGGAAGAGGACAGCAUCUACGUGUUCAAGGGAGAUGAAGUCAUCGAGUAUGAUGGCGAGCUUUCUGCGGACACCCUGGUGGAGUUUCUGCUGGAUGUCCUAGAGGACCCUGUGGAAUUGAUUGAAGGCGAACGCGAACUGCAGGCAUUUGAGAACAUCGAGGAUGAGAUCAAACUCAUUGGCUACUUCAAGAGCAAAGAUUCAGAGCAUUACAAGGCCUUUGAGGAUGCGGCGGAGGAGUUUCACCCCUACAUCCCCUUCUUCGCCACCUUCGACAGCAAGGUGGCAAAGAAGCUGACCCUGAAGCUGAAUGAGAUCGAUUUCUAUGAGGCCUUCAUGGAAGAGCCUGUGACCAUCCCAGACAAGCCCAACAGCGAAGAGGAGAUUGUCAGCUUCGUGGAGGAGCACAGGAGGUCCACCCUGAGGAAGCUGAAGCCUGAGAGUAUGUAUGAGACGUGGGAGGACGACAUGGAUGGAAUUCACAUUGUGGCCUUCGCGGAGGAAGCUGAUCCUGAUGGCUACGAGUUCUUGGAGACGCUCAAGGCUGUGGCCCAAGAUAACACGGAAAACCCUGAUCUCAGCAUCAUCUGGAUCGACCCUGACGACUUCCCCCUGCUGGUGCCAUACUGGGAGAAGACGUUUGACAUCGACCUGUCAGCCCCACAAAUAGGAGUGGUCAACGUCACCGAUGCGGACAGCGUGUGGAUGGAGAUGGCCGACGAGGAGGACCUGCCUUCCACGGAGGAGCUGGAGGACUGGCUGGAGGACGUGCUGGAGGGCGAAAUCAACACGGAGGACGACGAUGACGAAGAGGACGGCGACUAG